CUAUGUAGUCCAGUCGACGACGUGUUCGACUCUACGCUCUUUUAUACUGUUCUACGUCAUUAUCUUCUUCUCCUCACGUCGUACUUUCUACCAUUUUCUCCACAUAAAACCGUAUCGACAAAGAGUGCCUAACUAUAAUGACCGAAGUCAUGAUUCCGUCGAACUUUGGACUGAGCGUCCCCUCUUCACGACAGGAUGUCAUCAGCGCUCUAUUAAACGAAUAUGGAACCUCUUUUGGGCAGACCGAACCCCCCUCAUGGUCGCCAGUGCCAGCGCCGAAGGAGCUUCCCCCUCCUCCACAGGGUAGUCACGAGAAACCGCUACCGUCAGCCAUGUCCAUGCGCUUUCAGUUGAGAGUGGAUGACGCAGGCUCCUUCGACGGCCGACGAAAGAACUCAAUCGAGAGUCGCACGAGAAUAAUAUCCCGGUCAAUGAUACGCCAGUCCAAACCACCGUCCCUCAAACUACUCGCCAGCAACGGUUCGACAGCAAUCGUUCCGCCUUCUCCUGUACCGCAAGCGCCGCCGGCACCACCAAAAGAGCAACCCUCCUUCCCACCGCGAUCACAGUCACUACAGGAUCGGCCGCUUCCGCCGCCUCCUCCAGAGAAGUCCGAACUCCGCGUAUCCAUACAGCGGGACUCCCGCUCCACAAUGGGCCAUCACCAAUCGAAGUCCUCCCGGAAAGACUCCAAAGGGCCAGACGACCUACAAGAGCCGCCCAGACCCAAGGAAGUGAGCCCUCAGGAGCGCACUGCAAAAAUCGCACGCAAGCCUCUCCCGCAACCUAGUUUUCCGAAGCGAUUCGCCAGUCUCGCUGAUCUGAAGAACGGGCCCAGAGGCAAGCUCGCAGCUGCCGCGGCGGCUGCUUCAAAACUUAUAGGUACUGAUCCUGAAACCGAUCUAGACAGUUCACGAGCCACGGGUGUAUCUGAAGAGCAGCCUGUCACUGCCUUUGAGCGCGUGAGCAAGACCUCGCAACGUUCCGCACCCGAGCGAGAAGCCCCGUCGCAAACCGCUUCUUCCGCCACCCGCACCAACAAUCUCCCACCGACGCCCGACGACCUGCCCGCCGUGGUGGACAACAACAAUAACACCGACACGAGCAAGAGAAUCGGUCUCCCCGGGGCCCCACGUAGGAUCUAUCCAGGCCUCCCAUCCAACCCCCGACGUAGCAAAACGCAAGCACAGGAAGUAGCGCCGCCGGCGAGGACAUCCCAAGGGAAUAAGAGUGACGCGGGCUCCCGCGUCGUCAAGUCGUCUGAGCCUGAAGUCAGCGCGCCAGUUGCGCCACCGAAACCUACGGUGAUCACGCCUGAGGCUACACCGGAGUUAAAGGAGGGGAAGAGAGUGCAGCAAGAGGCGAAUCCAUUGUCUGAACCGGAGGAUCCAGCGAACAUGCCAACCGCAACCACGCGAUCUUCAAAGUCCUCGACACGAGUCGAAGAAGCAGCACCACCACCAUCGAGGAAAGAGUUGGCAGAGUGGGAGGCUGUCUCCAAAGAAUUCCUGCAACAACCGCGUCCUACACAGACCCUGGCGAGCACCAUCGCCGCCGCGCUUAAGGAGCCCGAAUCCCCCGUUUCACCGCUUUCCGUAGACGAGAAAAUUACGCGGAGGCCGUUUAGCUACCAGCAGCUGCAGACUGUGCCGCAGGUACUGCCUCAACCGCAGUUCGCACACGCAUGGCGCCAACAACCACCCCAACAGAUGGCUCAGCAACAGCAACAACAAAUACUCCAACAGCAGCAAAGCGAGGCACAGCACUCCUCCCAACCGACCAUCUCCAUCUCCCGCCCCUCCCCAUCCACCUCGCCCACAACCAUCCGCUUCCCCCUCGCCGCACCUGCAACCUUCAUCCCCCUCACCCAACAACCCCUCCCGCAACCCCCAGCCCCCCUCCUGCCCUCCCACCACAAUUGCUACACUUCGCACGCGAACUUCGCCAUUUCCACCCCCCGCUCCCAGCCCCCGAGUUGCAUGGUUUGCGGAUUGAGUACGCCCGGGACGGUCAGGGCGACGUGCAGUUUUUGCCUGCUCGUUGUGUGUGGGGCGUGUAGGGAGGAGUUGAUGAGGGUUCCGGGGAGGAGGGGAGGUGAUUGAUGAUGGUGGAAUAGGUGGAGGGAUAGUGUGUGUGUGAGAGAGAAGAGGAUCAGGAUGGGAGACUUUUCGGAGGGGGAGGUGGAAACGACUGCGCAGUAAGGAAGAGGAGCGCG